GCCGCGUGUUGACAUGGCACCCUCACGUCGAGUGUUGACGUGGCAGCCGCAUGCUGACGUGGCAGCCGCACGGCGAUUACGAGAUGACGAGGAGUUGGACAAGAGGAGGAGGAGAAGAAGAAGAAGAAGAAGAAGAAGAAGCGCGUGCUGAUGUGGCAGCCGCGCGGCGAUUACGACAUGACGACGAGGAGGAGUUGCAGAAGAGAAGAAGAAGAAGAAGAAGCAAAGAUGGCGAGGAGGAGUUGGAGAAGAGGAGUUUGAGACGAGGAGGAGGAGUUGGAGAAGAUGGCGAGGAGGAGUUCGAGACGAGGAGGAGUUGGAGAAGAGGAGGAGGAGGAGAAGAAGAAGAAGAAGAAGAAGAAGAAGAAGAAGAAGAAGAAGAAGAUUUAAAAAAAACAAAAAAAGCUCGUGCUGAUGUGGCAGCUGUGAUGCCCCAACCUCACGCCCAGCUUCCCACUGUUGCGGUUCCCACCGCCGCCGCUUCCACCGCUGUGGUCUCCACUGCUGCAGUUUCUACUGCUGUUGUUUCAAUUCCGGGUUUCACUCCAGCAGUUUCUGCUACGGAAGUUGCCUCUGCUGCUCGUCCUGUCACUGCUUGUUCGUCUGCUGCUAAUGCAGUUCCCACUGUUGCGGUUCCCACUGCCCCGCUUCCACCGCUGUGGUCUCCACUGCUCCAGUUUCUACUGCUGCUACCGCUGUGGUUUCCACGUCUGCAGUUUCUACUGCUGCUGUUUCAACUCCGGGGAUGCGGUGGAGAUGGGGGCAGAGGAAAUGGUAAUGGAGGAGAUGUAAACGGGAAUGGCAAUGGUGAAGGGAAGGGGAGAGCACAAGCUGGUGGAGGAGAAGAUAACCAGUAGGGUUAUGAGUGGAAGCACAAGCAGUGAAGCUUCCCUUUACAUACCAUAGG